CAAAUGUGAUAAUUACAUGAUUCAAACCGGAAUACAUUCUAAAAUGAUAGAGCUUGGAGGAAAAUCUAAAUCUAAUUCUACGAUCAAAUUCAUCCAAACAUUCAACCGCGUCCAACAUUCAAAUGUCAGAAUAUCAGAAUUCUUGAAGUUUGAGAAAAUGUAUGGUCAAACUCGUUUUGACAAUAAUAUUGGUGACCCCUCACCAAAAUUAUUUUCAAGAGGUCUAUUUCAUGGCAGGACCCGAGACUCGACCGGUUCCCAUUCGUCCAUGGUCCAUCCAACGGCUGAAGAAAUCCAGCGAUUUUCCUCUGCUAGAGUUAGAACUUGGGAGGACCAACAGCGUCCUCCUCCUCCUCCGAUCCGUCCGUUUCCCGCGUCCAGCGCCGCCGAACCCUCCUCUCCUCUCGUCGCCGCGCCGCCCAUGCGUCCUCCCGCCACCUCGAGGGAGCCAUUCCCUCCUCCCAUCCACCGGAUUCGCGCGGAGUGGACAGGAGACCCGCCCGGGCUCACUGAUUUCCUUUUGGUCGGUGGUGCGGGGAUUCUUCCUCUACCUUCUUUUCUACCUCGCAGUUCCGUAAAUGCCCCACCAUUGGCGACCUCGCCGCCGGCGACGGGACGCAGCUACCCGGUCCUCCGCCCGCCGAAGCCUCCUAUCCUAAGCGACUUGGAUUUGCUCCUCCGAGUCUGUGUUGUUUAUCUGUGCAGAUACUGGUGAUCAAGAGGUGAAAAUAGAAUGGUGACCUGUUGCUGUUUAGAUGACACCAGAUGAUAAUUCCAUUAUUACUUUGAAGAAAGGCAGCAAGCUUAUCAAGUAUAGCCGGAAGGGAAAACCCAAGAUCCGUGAGUUCAGACUUUCUAGUGACGAAACAAUAUUAGUUUGGUAUUCGAAACACAAGGAAAAGUGCCUCAAACUGUCUGCUGUGUCUAAAAUCAUUCCUGGACAGAGAACUGCUGUUUUUAGGAGGUUUUUACGCCCUGAGAAGGAUUACCUAUCAUUUUCUCUGAUAUAUAAAAACGGCCAACGUUCCCUUGAUCUGGUUUGCAAGGAUCAAGCUGAAGUUGAAGUGUGGUUUUCAACACUUGAGACACUGAUUACGUCAUGUCGUGUAACUGAUUGCCAAAGUGAUAGAGUAUCAUUUUCCGACGAAGUGACACAAUAUCAAGAUAGCAAUUUGUAUGGUACAACAGUAGAUAUUGCCUCGAGUAUUACACGCACUUUUAACUCAGCCGGUUAUAGCACAGCCAAUUCAUUGAAUUCUUCAAGAGCAGAUGUUGGAUCAGACCGUGCAAAUAUGCUAAGAGUAAGUACGGGAGACAGCAGUCGGAUUAGUAUUUCCAGCAGUAUCCCUAGUUCUUCCAGUCAAGGUUCUGGACCAGAUGAUAUAGAAUCCCUUGGUGAUGUUUAUGUGUGGGGUGAGGUGUGGACUGAUGUGAUCCCUUCAGAAGGAUCCUCAAACCUUGUGUGCUCCAAAACAGAUGUUUUAAUUCCUAAACCUCUGGAAUCAGAUGUUGUCUUGGAUGUACAGCAGAUAUCAUGUGGUUCGAGGCACAUUGCUCUUACUACCAGGCAAGGAGAAGUAUUCACAUGGGGUGAAGAACUUGGUGGGCGUCUAGGUCAUGGAACGGAUGAAGAUAUUAGUCGUCCCAAACUUGUUGAAUCCUUAGCAGUCUCUAAUGUGGAAUAUAUUGCAUGUGGGGAGUUUCAUACUUGUGCUGUAACAGCCUCUGGUGAUUUGUACAAUUGGGGUGAUGGUUCUUACAAUGCUGGAUUGCUUGGGCAUGGUAUUGGAGCUAGCCACUGGCUUCCAAAACGAGUGUCAGGGCCUUUAGAAGGGCUUCAAGUUUUGUCUGUUGCGUGUGGCUCAUGGCAUUCAGCACUUGCUAUGUCAAGUGGAAAAGUAUUCACUUUUGGUGAUGGGACAUUUGGUGCUCUUGGACAUGGGAAUCGUGAAAAUGUUGCAUAUCCGAAAGAAGUAGAAUCUUUGAGCGGAUUCAGGACGAUGAAAGUUGCCUGUGGCGUUUGGCAUUCCGCAGCAAUUGUGGAGACUACUAGUCAGACAGGUGUGAAUAUGGUAUCCAGGAAGCUAUUUACCUGGGGUGAUGGAGAUAAGAACCGCCUAGGUCAUGGGGAUAAAGAGGCUCGGCUAGUUCCUACCGUUGUUCAAGCCCUUGUUGACAAUAAUUUCCAUCAGGUAGCUUGUGGGUAUAGUAUGACUAUUGCCCUGGCCACAUCCGGUCAUGUUUUCACAAUGGGUAGCUCUAACUAUGGCCAGCUUGGGAAUCCAAAAGCUGAUGGUAAACAACCCUGCCAAGUACAAGACAAGUUGUCUAGUGAGUUGGUUGAAGAGAUCUCAUGUGGCUCUUACCAUGUUGCAGUCUUGACUUCACGAAGUGAAGUGUAUACAUGGGGUAUGGGGGCCAAUGGAAGGCUGGGACAUGGUGGCAUUGAAGAUAAAAAGAAGCCAACUAUUGUUGACGCAUUAAAAGAUCGCCAUGUUAAAAGUAUAGCAUGUGGUUCGAAUUUCACGACAUGCAUUUGCAUACAUAAGUGGGUUUCAGGUGCAGAUCAGUCUGUGUGCUCGGGCUGUAGGCAACCAUUUGGUUUCACAAGAAAGAGACACAAUUGCUACAAUUGUGGGCUUGUUCAUUGCCAUGCAUGUAGUUCAAGAAAGGUACUGAAGGCUGCUUUGGCACCAACUCCUGGCAAGCCACAUCGUGUAUGUGAUUCAUGCUUCAUGAAACUGAAAGCUGCAGAUAGCGGGAGUAACAGUCCAUAUAAUAAAAAGAGUGUCAUUACUCGUCGCUCUGUUGAUAUCAAAGAGAAGUCAGAGAGGCCAGACAUAAGGCCUUCAAGACUUGCAACGGCAGCACCAGCAGAGCCAAUGAAGCAUGCAGACACAAAAUCAGUUAGAAACGAUGUAAAACCUGACCCUACUACCAUGGCUAGGGCACCUCAAGCUUUGUCAGUUCCAACUACUGUAACCAAGCCUAUGGGAAUGGGCAUGGGAAUGGGAAUGGGAAUGGGGAUGGGUAUGGGGAUGGGGGGCAUGGGGGGCAUGGGGGGGAUGGGGAUGGGAAUGGGAGGUGCCAUGCCUAUGGGAAUGGGACAAAUGGGAAUGGGCAUGCCUAUGGUUUCACCAGCUCAACCGAAGAAGUCAAACCCAUCUCCAGCAACCGUAAGUCCUCUCGCCAUUAAAAGUGACACUAAAAGUGACACCGAUGGCAUGAAGAAAACUAUUGAGACACUGAAUCAAGAACUCUCAAAGUUACAAACUCAGGUUACUAAGUUAAAACAAAAGUGUGAAGUCCAAGAUGAGCAACUGCAGAAAUCAGAAAAAAGAGCCAAAAGUGCUGCCUCUCUAGCUUCAGAAGAAUCUGCCAGGCGCAAUGCUGUGUUGGAUUUUGUUAGGUUUCUUGACAGUGAGCUCAAGGGAGUUGCAGAUCAGGUGCCCACUGAAUUUACUGACAGCAUCAAAACAUUGCAAAGCCAUUCAGAGAAGUUUCUUACUGGACAAUGUAGUCAUCCCCCAGAGGGCAUUCCUGGACAUGACCAGCCUCGCCUCUCCAGUGGUGGACUGCAUGAAAUCGCGCACCACAGGUCAGCUAGCAUGGGUAACCUGGUACUGUCCCAAGAUGGCAGUUCUGCUGCUGGUAUUUCCAUGACAAGUGAAUCUCCAUGCCAUCGACUGAUGGAAAGCAACGGGAGGGCUCCAGGUGACUUUGCACCAAAGUAUGGUACUCAUGGCGAAGUGCAGCUGAUUGAGCAAUUUGAGCCAGGAGUUUAUGUCACACUUAUCCAGAUGAGAGAUGGCACCAAAGUAUUCAAGCGUGUCCGGUUCAGCAAGAGGAGGUUUGCUGAACAACAAGCCGAGGAAUGGUGGAGGGAGAACCAAGAGAGGGUGUUCAGGAAAUACAACCAUCCACCUAAUUAACUAGGCUCCUCGAUAUUGUUCACCCUUGGUGCGUUUUGUUUCGGAUGAGCCGUCAGGAGAUGAAUUGCAUAACGAGGACCGUUGAUGCUCGGGACUCUGCGUUUUUCCUGGAGCGUUGCCUGCUGAUGCUGCCUCUGAAGAUCCUGGCGACUGUUUGCUCUUUUGGUGUUCACCUUUGUUUGUUCGUUUAAUUUUGUUUUGGUGUUUUAUUUCCAUUCCCUUGAGCCUAUUUUUCUGGGAACAUGUGCUCAGCUGGGAAACAUUACUUCCCAGUGAGGUAAACUAGCUUGUAACGAACGGUGUAAUUACGCGGACGAAUAUUCUUCUGGCAAGUAUGUAUAAAGGAAUGUAAGGUAAUAAGCCCGCCUUUUAUGCGCAUCUUAAGGUUGUUUGCGACCUACCAGCUAGAAAUACCGACCGCCAGUUUUUACUAGUCACCACCUGUUGUUUAUACCACAUGUUUGAUUUGGCGUGAGUGAGCAGAUAUGAAUAUUCUCAUCCAA